UUGUAGAUGGAAAGGAGAUGAUGAAUCAUUGCAAAGAAGAAGUCUCAAGGCAUUCGCUCAAAACUGAACACGUGUUCAUGACAGAUCUCAUGAUUUCAUCACAAUAAUCUUCAACAGCAGUGUAACAUCAGUCUGUUGCAUAGUGGCUCAAGUACGAACUUGGAUAUUGUAAAAACAUGUUGGAACCAAUCAACAUUGCACAUAUUGCAGCUAUUGCUUUCUCCAUCAUCGGUGUUGGUGGAGUGGAUUUUGGAAACAGAUGCAAAAAAGAAAACUUCCUAGGAUUCACUGAGUACUACACAUGUCCUGGUCCUGGUGAUCCCAGUUCUUAUCGGUUCUGUUGCGGAGACAAGUAUGGCGCCCGCUGCUGUGAACGGUUCAUGGGCAUCUUUGAUGCAAAGGAUGUAGACCACUUCAUUGACAAGAAUAAGAGCAUCAAAGAAGUGGAGAGAGAUUUACCCCCAGUAGACCUACAUCGUAUCAAAAGGGGCAUCUCCAAAGUCAAGAAGUUUCCAAAGCUCAUUGGGACAUACAUUGCAGUAGCAGUCUUCAUCUUCCUGGGUCUAGUCGUUGCUGUUAUCUUGUGCUGUUGCUUCUGCUCCUGCUGUUUCCUCAACAAAAUAAGACGACGAAGGCAAGCAAGAAAUAGCCAGGGUGGAGGAUCAUACUGCCAACAGUCUGCUGGAGCCCAAAUGUAUCCCAUACAAGUAAAUCCUCAACAGACACCUAACCCACCCUACUCGUCUCCACCUCCUAACCCAACGUAUCCCACCUAUCCUGCUUAUCCUACUCAGUAUCCAAGCAACCCCCCACCAUACUCUGAGGUGCAGAAGCAGCCACCCUACAACCCUAACUAUUAUCCGGGUGCCUAAACAUCCUCAGCCAUCACCAACAAUACUCACAUCUGCAUUUCAAACUGAAACCAAUGCAUUUCAAGUUGGAAUUCAUGCAUUUUUGAACUGAUCUACCUAAGAUGAAUGAUCUGUGGGAAUCUCCUUACUUUCUUGUUUCUUUAGUUUUUAUAAAUGUUUAUGCUUACUGACACAUUGUGGCAAUUGCUUAUUUAAAUGGAUAUUUCAUGAAGUGUGAUAAAUGUUCUGUGGAUUCAGAGCUGCUUUGUUCUUACUCCUGGG